GGAUCUUUGAACGAUGAUGUCCCGGGCACGCCGCAGAGGCGAGCGCCAGGACUAGACGCCUGAUUCCUUGUCGAGGACAUGGUUUAGAACGGGAUUGGCAAUGACUUUCUCACGGGCACAAGGGUAGUGGGCAGGCUCUGUCCUUAUGAGUCUCCUGUACUGCUCCCAAUACCCCACAUACACCAGGUGGGAUGCGCAGCAAGCCAAAUACAUAUAGCUUGCCACCAUGACUUGGCCGUUUCUGGUAUACUCUGCUGCACCGCUGCAAACUCAGCCAAACUCAGCAUGACUACCGUUAUUGAAUACUCCCACCCCUCACUGGGUGUCGUACGAGGCUUGACCUUGUCGUCCACCAACCAAUUUCUGGGCAUCCGGUAUGCUACCCUAGCAGGGAAAUGGGACCCUCCGACACUCUCAGACGCAGUAGCUGGCCCUGUUGAUGCCACCAAGUUCGGCCCAACGGCCAUCUCGUCCCCUCACGGCGUCGAAAUCGAAUUUGGGCAAAUUCAAAGGAAGCUACCGAUACCUGAGCUCCAGCAGUCGGAGACAGAAUGUCUCAACUUGAACAUCACUACUCCAGCAAACGUGACGCCCCAAUCCAAUCUCCCCGUGAUAGUAUUUCUGCACGGGGGUGGGUACGCGAUUGGGUCCAACGCAUGGCCACAGUACGACUUCAAACGGAUUGUCGCUCUGUCAAUGGCUGAGAAGCAGCCUGUCAUUGGAGUGAACAUCAACUAUCGCCUCGGGGCUUUCGGAUUCUUGACCUCCCAGGAGCUCGAGGCCCACGGAUACCAGGCAAACAACGGGCUGCAUGACCAGUACACAGCUCUACUCUGGAUCAGGAAGAACAUUGGUGGCUUCGGUGGCGACCCCGAACAGAUUACAGUCGUUGGCCAAAGUGCCGGAGGGGUGUCGGUGACGCACCACCUUCAAUCCGAGGCUCCUCUCUUCAAACGCAUGGUCAGUAUGAGCGGGACGAAUCUCCUCAUGUCGCCGCUUCCCGCCCAAGUGACAGAAUCAACUUACAAGACGGUCGUCGAGAGACUUGGCUUGGGCACACUGUCGCCCUCUGAUCGGGUGAAAACACUGGUUCAAAUGGACUCUGACACCGUCCUAUCUGCGGUUCAACCGGGAGACGCCCUGCUGCCCUCCAUGGGCGGGGCUCUCAACGUCAAACCGCAUACGUACGCUGAGAUUUACAAAGGAUUGGCUGGUCCACUGGAUCUCCCCGGUCGAAGCUGGUGCCAGCAAAUAAUGAUUGGCGAUUGCCAGUUCGACGCGAGUAUCUUCAGUAUGAUGAUCAAUCGCAGCAGGGAGAAAAUUGCCACUUCGUUCAGAGAGUCCUUGAUGCGCUCCCUCAGCUCAGCAGCAAAAGCUGCCCAGGUCCUGUCGGCGUAUUCCAUUGCAGAAGACAUUCCAGACGACCAGGCCUUCAACGCGAUCCUCAGGUUCGCAAAUGACAUUGCCUUUUUCGUCCCCGUUCUGAACUACGGACACUGCUGGUCAGGGCAAGCUUUUAUCUACCAGUUUAACGAGCCUAACCCGUGGGAUGGCCUGUGGAAGGGCCAUGUUAAUCAUAUCCUAGACGUUGCCUGUCUCUUCCAGAACUACAACGAGCAUUUUCAGGAUCCUCAGCGCCGAGUUGCUGUUCAGUUCGCAAGGGAUGUGAUUGCGUUUGCUAAUGGACACGCACCUUGGGCGGUGUUCAAGUGGGAGACUGGGGACCUCAAUUCGCGUGUCUACGGUGGGCGAGAGGCUGGCACCCCGGGGACUGUGGUGACUGUGCCAGGACCGGAGCCGCGUACGGAGCGAGCGGACACGAUUCUGGGCCUCAUGGCUGCUAUUCCAGCAGAUGACUUGGCUCGAGCUUGGGGUGCCUUUAUGGCUGGCUUAUAGGCAGAAGGGAGAAUGUCUGGACGUGCAGGAAUUCUUGCCUCGAUAUGAUCGAUCCAGUUACUCUAUAACUGUCCAGUCGCUUUGUUUGCAUAAAUAGUUUAAAUUGAUGGCAUUUUUAGGCCAUCCGAAUAAAACAGGAAAAGACUAAAUUGCCCUGAGUUAUGAAAAUUACACAAGUGGCCAUGUGGGGUGUGCUUGAUAUAUAGUGGCGGGGCUGUCCUAACAAGGACAGACAAUC